CACGCGUUUCCCAGUCGUCGUGUGUUCCUUCCUCGUAUUGAUUAUGAUAUUUUUCCAGUGCACCGACAAUUGGUUUGUCAGCUUCCUGUGUCUAUGCGGUUGUCUGCAGUGACAAUACUCGUCAUUAAUAACAUACUUAUUACGUCAAUAUUAUUGCUAUAACAACACGAACGCAGCCGGCCGUCCUGUGAUAUUCGCAACUAACGAAUAAAGUUUAUAAAUUUUUCCGUGGAAGUUUUGAUACUUGCUGCAGCCGACAAUAAAUAGUGGAUUAUACCUACACAGUUAUGAAAUCUGACAAUGUUGAAUCGUUAUAAUAUGCCAAGUUAAAACCCGGCAAAUAAUGUCAUCGACCGAGGACGAAAUAUGGUUGUUUAUCAGAAUGGUUGGAAAAUAUAUUGGUUGUCAGUAGUAAUAUUAGUUCAAUUUUCUGCAGCUAAUAAGCCCCCACAAUUUGUUACCGACUGGCAAACCGAAAUUAUUGUUCGACUGAAAGAGGGUCCCGAGACUCCUAUUGGAAGUCUCAUUUAUCGGGUUCGUGGUAUUGAUCCCGAUGCCGAUAAAUUAAUAUUUGGUGUACGAGAACCAGGUGAUAAAGUUAUUAGAGUUGAAAAUUUUGGCAGAAGUGAAGCUAACAUUUAUUUGAAAAUUGAAUUAGAUCGUGAAACCAAAGAUGAAUAUUCACUAGUGUUGACAUUGACUGAUGGUCACUUGGGAGAUGGAAAUUUUAUUACUCAGAGUUUUUUAUUAAUUGUGGAUGACAUAAAUGACAAUGCGCCUAUAUUCAAGCCAUAUCAAAAUACAAUAUUUGUACCAGAGGACAGUCCACCCACGGUGAUUGCAACGGUUGAGGCCACCGAUGCAGAUGAAGGCCCAUAUGGACAGGUGGUUUACCAUUUACAAGACUCGGAUUCAAUAGAAAGUAGAUUAUUUUCUAUAUCUACAAUUAAUGGCCAAGGCGUAAUACGCCUUGUGGGAAGUUUGGAUUAUGAAAAAACUUCACUGCAUCAAUUGAAAAUAUUGGCUGUUGAUCGUGCAACCAUUGAGAAGAGAAAAACAGGUACAGCUGCCAUAUUUGUGAAAGUACAAGAUGUCGAAGAUCAACCUCCUGAGUUUAUUGUUGUAACACCAGUGGCAAGAGUAAGCGAAGAUGCACCACCAGGGACAUCAAUAAUUCAAGUGAAAGCAAUUGAUGGAGAUCGUGGUAUAGAUAACCGCAUUGUAUACUCAAUCACACGUGGGGGCAAUGGAAUGUUACAAGUUGAACCAAAUUCUGGUAUUGUCUACACAACAAAUAUUUUGGAUCGGGAGGAUCCGCUUAUUAUUAAAACUGGUGCCAUUAUUAUUGAGAUUAUGGCCACUGAAGAAUCGAAAAAUGUGUUUCCUAAUCCUUCAACAAAAACUGAAGUAACCGUAAUCGUUACGGAUGUAAAUGAUGAAACACCGACAUUUCGUAGUCCUCAAUACAUUGCUGAAGUUAACGAAAAUUCCCAACAAAAUACUCCUGUGAACUUUAUUGGAGACUCAAUACCCCAAGUUUAUGAUUACGAUCAAGGUAAAAAUGGAACUUUUCGUUUACGAAUUCAACAAGGACGAAUUGGAUACUUUGAUAUUACACCUUCCGAAGGUAUAAAUGAAGCAUCAUUUCUGAUUCGUGUGAAUAGGACAGCUGAUUUAGACUAUGAACUAGUUAAAGUUAUUAACUUUACAAUCGUUGCCAUUGAAACAAUAGCUAAAAAUCCAAAAUAUAGUGUUGUUCCCGUUUCUGUUUACAUUCGAGAUGUUAACGACAACUACCCGGAGUUUUCACGUCCUACUUAUGAAGUUUUUGUUUCUGAAAAUUCUGUAUCUGGUAAAAUUAUUGGGAAAGUUGAAGCCACUGAUAAAGAUUCUGGUGUCUUUGGAACAAACGGUAUACGAUAUACAAGUAUAAGAGGAAGUUGCGCUGAUUUUCUUAAGUUAAAUGCAGAAUCUGGAGAAAUUGUAAUAAAAUCGGACAAACCUGUAUUUGAUCGAGAACAAAUAUCCAAACAUUUUUUAACAAUCGAAGCACGAGAUGAUUUAGGUUUAGGAAAUAGGAAUUCUGUUCAGUUAAUUAUUAACGUGGAAGAUGUUAAUGAUAACUCACCACGAUUUCUUUCAUCAAAGUAUGAAACACGACUUAAAGAAAAUCAUCUGCUCUUUGAAUCACCAGUCACUGUGGAAGCCAGAGAUCUAGAUUUAAAUGGCACAAAAAAUUCAGAAAUAUCAUAUCGUAUAUUGCAUUCCGACUAUCCAGUUGAAUGUUUUUCAAUUGACUCCAUUACGGGUGUUUUAAAACCGAUAAGGCCAGUAGACUUUGAAAAGCUACAAAAUCGGAAAAGUACUAACAGCAUUAAUGGAAAUCUGAGACCAAUAAAUUUGGUGAUCCAAGCGCAAGAUCACGGGUUGCCAUCACUAUCCGAUGAAACUCAUGUAAUUAUAUACGUAGAAGAUGUUAACGACUUUGGACCAAAAUUCGAAAGCAACAGUUAUGAAACAACUAUUUCUGAAGAUUUAGUGGGUGGUAGCACUGUUUUAGAGGUAAAUGCUUGGGAUGAAGAUGGAUCUGCUCCUAACAAUAUUGUAGUGUAUAGACUUAGUAGUGGAGCAGAAGAUAAAUUUGUGAUCGAUGCAUAUUCAGGAGUGAUAAAAGUCGCACAUGGGGCAUCUUUGGACCCAGAUAAAACUCAACCAAAGACAUAUGCAUACUACUUAGAAGUUGUGGCAAUAGAUGGAGGGAUUGGUGAUCAGCAACUCAGUUGUAUUGUAAAUGUGACGAUUAAAAUUCAAGAUGUAAAUAAUAAACCUCCAUUUUUCAAAGAAAUGGAACCGAUUCACGUGAAUGAAAACGAAUUGGUUGGUAGCGUAAUUACGAAAAUUGAAGCAGAAGAUCCGGAUGCAAAACCGGUGUUGAGAUAUAAAAUUGAUGUGAACGCUUCAGAAGCUAGAAACGAAGAUGGAGUGAUCAUUAGACCCACAGAUUAUGAUUGGCCAUCGGCAUUUGCUUUAAAUCCUGUAGAUGGUUAUCUAAGAGUAGGUAAAUUACUGGACAGAGAAAAAGUUGAAACUAUCCGGUUGGCACUCGUAGUCGAAGACAUUGCUGCAGUUAAUGGCAAACAAAUAGUUCAAACUAUUUUAAUUGUCCAUGUCGAUGACGAAAAUGAUAAUGACCCAGUGUUCCGUCAAAAGUUCUAUAAAAGAACUGUGAUGGAAAACAGUCAACCUGGUGUACCUAUCAUUACCGUGAUGGCAGAUGAUGCUGAUAAAAACAGAACAAUCCAUUAUUCGAUAGAAGAUUCGUCAAUGGAUGCUACAGAUUUAAUUAGAUUAGAUCCCGAGUCUGGGGAAAUUGUCGUGGCUGGUCGUAUCGACCACGAGCAAGUACAUUGGAUAAAUGUUAGUGUCCGAGCAUUAGAUAGCGGAGUUCCAGCUCGGUCUUCGUUUGCAGACGUUAUUUUACGCGUAAUUGACGAAAACGACAAUAACCCAUAUUUUAUUGAAGAUACACCCACCAACAUAACAAUUCCAGAAAACACACCAAUCGGGUCAUCAAUAGCUAUAAUUACAGCAAUGGACGCAGAUUCUGGUGACUUUGGUAAAAUUACAUACUUAUUGGAUCGUCUAUCAUCGCAGGGGAAAUUCACAAUUGAUACAAAUAACGGAGUAUUGAAAGUAGCUGAUACGUUGGAUAGAGAACAGACGAGUACCUAUAAUUUAAUUGUUGAAGCAUGGGAUAAUUAUCAGUUCGGAUACAUUUCCGGCGAAAGUCGGAACGCCUUCAAACAAAUUAUGGUGAUGGUAUCCGAUAUAAACGACAACGCUCCGCUGUUUGACCAUUUACCUUCCGAAUGUGUCAUUGUCACAGAGUUUCAUACUGUUGGCGAUAUGAUUUUAUUAAUAAAAGCUACAGACGCAGACGAUCCAGCCACAGUUAAUGGCCGAAUAAUGUUUUCUAUCGAGGAUGGGAAUGAAAGAGAGUUAUUUGGUUUACAUAACGUUGAUUUUUGGUCGGGUCGUUUGUAUACAACUUCGUCGUUGAAAAACCUCUACGGAAAUUACAGUCUUCUCAUUCGUGCACAGGAUGGUGGCGAACCUCAAAAGUCAAGUUUAACUACUGUAAACAUUUGUGUCACAGACGUCAAUGAUAAUGCUCCUCGUUUCGUAUCCCCUCCAUACAAUGUAACCGUUAGGUUGCUUCAAAAUAUGACAAUUGGAAGCCCAGUAAUUACAGUGAAAGCUAUUGAUGAUGAUGUCGGCCAAAAUGCAGAAGUAAGGUAUCGUUUCAAACAAGAUUUAAUGGGUGAUUGGAAGACAUUUUUGGUAGAUGAGAUUACUGGAUUAAUCACAUUAAAAAAAUCAUUGAACAAAGAAAUCCAAAAAAUCUAUCAGAUUCGAAUAGAAGCUUAUGAUCUUGGUAUACCAACACCUCUAUCGUCUGAUUUAGAACUCACAAUUCAUGUGCGCAGUACUAAUGAUUUCCAACCUAGAUUUUUAAUUAACGAGAUCACCGUUAAUUUUACUGAACACCGCGAACCAGGAUCUGAAUAUUGGCAGCUUAUUGAUACAGUUGAUCGAGAGGAGUUAAAUGAUUUAGAAAAAACACCACCUCCAGUUUGUUACUAUGUAAUUUCUGGAAACGAUGAUAACCGAUUUAUUGUUGAACCACUUAACCAUAGAAUUUCUGUUGCUUAUGAACUCGAUCGUGAAGUUAAAGAAACUUAUGAAUUGCUUGUGAAAGCCAGUGAAGAUUGUUUGCAUUCUCCACCGCCGAGUCACGGUAUUAUUCAAGAUGAUGAUAGUUUACUUAAAGUUUUAGUUUUUGUUAAUGAUAUAAAUGACCAUGCACCGGGAUUUGUGAAAAGAGUAUUUACUGGUGGCGUAACUACAGAAGCAAAUUUUGGUGCAGAGUUUAUGCAAAUAAAAGCAAUCGAUGCGGAUAAAGGAAACAAUGCUGAAUUAUCAUAUUACAUAGUUCCCGAUUCUUUGGAAGUAUCACUAGCAGAAGGAUUGGAUAGUAUACAAUAUCCCCCAUUUUUGGUGGACAUCGCUACGGGAGUGAUAUAUUUAAAUUUUGAUCCUCAAAAGGGAAUGAAAGGUUACUUUGAUUUCCAAGUAGUUGUUAAUGAUACCGGUGGUUUAUACGAUACGGCACGAGUACUUAUUUAUUUAUUGCGUGAAGACCAAAGAGUCAGAUUUGUUGUACGACAGAAUCCAUCACAGCUACGGGAGAAAGUUGAAAUAUUUAGAGAAAUUUUAGGAAACGUCACUGGGGCUAUAGUAAACGUUGACGAGUACAAAGUUCACGAAACCCACGACGGUAGAGUAGAUAAAACAAGAUCAGACAUGUACCUACAUUUUGUCGAUCAUAACGAUAAUUCCAUCAUGGAAGUUCCACAUGUAUUGCGGAUUAUAGAUGAAAACAUCGAACAUCUAGAUUCUUUAUUUAAAGAGUUCAACGUACUCGAUACACAAGCAGCUGAGCCGGAACCAUUGCGUCGAGCUUCAAUGAAAGACGACAAUGUGAUUUGGAUGUGGUUGGUUGGCACCACUUUUUUCUUGGGGUUACUAUUAAUAGUUGUUGUAUCUAUAUGCUUGUCGCAACGUUCAAACUAUCGUAGACAACUCAAAGCAGCCACUAUAAAUGCAUUUGAUCCUAGAACACCCGAUCAUAUUAAUUCAGCUGUAAUCGGUGGACGCGUACCGAAUACGAACAUGCACAGUGUGGCAGGAUCAAAUCCUAUGUGGAUGCAAGCGUAUGAAAACGAAUGGUAUAAAGACAGAGAAACUCUAAGUCAAACAUCGGAACGUGACUCUUUGGACGACAAUACCACUACCAGUACGACGUCACCUCAGCCAAUAGAGCGGUCAACAGCUACAUUAUUUAUCAAAAGAUUUUGAAUUGAUUUUCGGUUGCAGUAAUGAGUGUAACAUACACACAGAUAGUACUGACGACUGCUACGAACGGACAAGAAUUGUAGUGAAGAAUCUUGAAACUACAGAGUUAUGACAUUAAAAUAUGA